AUGGAUCAGGACAUGGACCUCGGGCAGCAAUCGACGGCCGUCUCGUCCGCCGCGGGCGGGAAAUGGAACGUGAAGCCGUCUUGGGGCCUCGUCCGUGUUGCUGCAGGCGCUCGUGUGCCGGUCGGGCACGAGAUGCCCCGGCGAGCAGAAGCCCCAGCCGUUCAAUGGGGCCCAGCCGGCAGAAUUGGAUUCCACGGCAGGGGCUCCCGGGGGAGCGCGGGGGUCAGUACGAGGGUUGAUCCAUGA